UCCGUCUCCCCGGUCUCCACCGCCGUCGUACCGGCCUCUGCCUCUCCUCCCGCCGGCCGCCGCGCGCCCGCGUCCGGGCAUCCUGUUUGCGCGUGGGCCUCGCUCCGUGGCUGAUUCGCCGCCUUCUACCGCCGCACGAACCUCAGGCGCCCUCCUCCAAUCGCGCUUGUUGCGGACGAUGGGAUGGGCAUGGGCAGCCCUCCGGUCCGGAGCUCCAAGGUGGCGCGCCCAAAAUUCAUCGUCCUCGUCCGGCCGGGCCGGCUCGAUCGGCCUCAUCAUUCGGUCGCGGCCAUAUUCGACCGCUCCCAGUCCCAGCCACGGCGGGGAGGAGGAUGGGGAUGAGGCCAGGCAAGAGAUGCUGAACAGAUGGGCACACCGCGCCGCACAGACAACUUUCAGGGACUACCUCCAUGCCAAGCGCGGCUUGUGCCUCACUGACGCCAAGCAUAUCAGCGAGCGAUCGCCCGUCUUCCUCAGCGUGCUGCUGGAGAAGGUGAACAAGGCGGUGAUGAAGGCUGCUGAUCAGGGUGGGGAGGGGGCGAGAUUCAGGUCGAAAGUGAAGAAGAGGGUCAGCAGGGCGCUGGUGCGAUUGCUCCACCGGCGCCCUGUCAACGAGUUCAGGCCCUUCUUUGAGAGCAUCGGCAUCAAGCCGAGCGAGUGCGAUUCCCUCUUGCCGCAGGAUCUCACAUUCCUCAUGGAUGCCGGGGUGCUGCUCGAGAGCUACCGUGCACUAUGCAGUUAUGGCAUUGCGCAUGACAAGAUUGGAAAGAUAUACCAGAAGGCGGCGGAGGUGUUUAGUCUUGGCCAGGGCGUUCUUGAGUCUAAGCUCGAGGCCCUUGAGGGUCUAGGCUUCAGUAAGGCCAGUGUUACCAAAAUAGUGAUCUCUACUCCUACCGUAUUGGUUCAUGACCCGGCUGUGGAACUGAAGACGAUCUUGCAGUGGCUAGACGACAUUGGGAUUCAGCGAGACUGGAUCGGCCAGUUCUUCACUGAAUAUCAGUCCUAUAAUUGGCAAAAGAUCGUCGAAGCUCUUCAGUUCUUGAGUGAUUUGGGGUUCACCAAGGAUGAUAUUGGUAAAGCGGUGAGGAAUCAUCCAGAUUUGUUGUUGGAAUGGUCUGGUGAGAUGCUACGAGAAGUGGUUGCCGACAUGCAAAGGUUGGGAUCUGGGAAAAGGGAGUUGCUUGAUCUUUUUCUGAACUACCGCAAUCUUAAAUGCGGGGAUGUUGGUAAGAACAUAUGGACGGGAACACGUUUCUUACGAGACAUUGGCAUGAGCCAUGAUGAUGUGAACAAGUUUUGGGAUUCUCAUGGAUGGAUAUUCGGCGCUGCCCCCAUGAAGGCUGCGAGCACCAUUCUUGGGCAACUCAAUGUGGGGAAGGCAAGGUUGCGAAGGAUCGUAAUGGAGGAACCACGUCAGUUGAUGAAUUAUAAGAUUGGCUCAAAGGUCAGCAGAUUACCAAGAUGUAAACCUGAACCCUGUGCCAAGGAGAAGAGGGAAUUCUUAAGACGCAUAGGAUUUGUUGAAGGCUCGGAAGAUAUGGAGAAGGCACUCAAAGCUAUCCGUGGAAAAGGCGCCAACCUGCAAGAUAAAUACAACAAUUUAGUGGAAGAAGGGCUGGACCCAAAAGAUGUAACUCACAUGGUGAAGAUGGCUCCUCGGAUUCUGAAUCAGAAGACGGACGCCAUUGCUUAUAAGAUAUCCUUCCUUGUGCAUGUGGCGGGCUAUCCCCUGAGUGCUGUGGCUGCUUUCCCACGGUACCUAGAGUUCACUGUGCACAUAAGCAAACUUAAGAUGUUGAUGUACAGUUGGAUGCUACAAAGGGGGCUGGCUGCACCCCAACUUACUCUAAGCACAGUCCUAUCUUCCUCAGAAACAGAAUUCACCAAGGCUCAUGUAUAUAGGGUUCCCAAGGGUCGUGAAGUUUGGUGGAAGUUCAAGCAGCAGGGAGGUAGCUUCGGCCAAGAGGAGAUCAGAUGGCUGCGACGCAGGGUGCACCUUGGACGAUAAUCUAAUCGAAUGCAUGAGUUGGCUGCUUUUUCCCUUUCUUUCUACAUUUCCGGCUCGAUACAAUAUUCAGGUGCAGGCCUUCCAUAAUCCAUGCCUCCCCAUAUAUGCCAAGUUCUCUUUUGUAACGGACAUGUGAUAAUCCAGUCCACAUGUGUCUAUAUGAUUUUGAUUAUUUUCUGAUUCCCUAUGCCCGGUUAACUGGUAAAUUGUGGAGUGGCGAUCCGCAGACAUGAUUUGAGGUGAUCUUGGUACAGCA